ACGAACUACUCCGCGCGAGCUGUCCGUCGGUGAUCAAAAAUACAAAUAAUUGUUAUAAACAAGGAAACGACGACGACAAAAUAACAAUAAUAUUAUUAUCGUUGUCCGCGAGUUUUUCAAGUGUUUUCCGAUAUUGUGCAGUUUUAUUUUUUUAAUUUUUUUUUUCGUGUCUCAACCACGCCGAAGUUUUAAAUAUAAUUGUUCUUUUAUUCGUUUUUGCUUUGCUCGCGUCUCUUUCAGUUUGCUCUUGUACACAUUAUAUUUUCCCGUUGUCGAUUCGUUCGUUUUUGAAAACAAAAUUAAAAUAAUAAUUCUCGUUAUCUUUUCUCCUAUUUCGACGUCUAUCCGCGAUAUAAAGGUACUGCAGCCUACAUGAUAACAGACGCUUUGGAUUCCGUCGUUUCGUCCAUAGCAUGGAAUUGUCCUCGGUGAAUUGUUCGCCCCGAGAUCAAAUCGUUCCCGACUCUUGUAACGGCAAUAAUUGGGCGAACGAACAGUUGGACUUUAAUUGGCAAAUGCAGUUUCUAAAUACAUUACUCUAUGGAUGCGACAAACUGGAAGCGAAGGCAGAGGAGAAGCGGAUGGGCACCGGCAUGGAUCAUAAAUCUACUUGGUACUGCAACGCGCCGAACAAGACACCCGACUUCGAUUCGAUGCUUCAAGGACUGAUGGUAGAAGACCAGCACGUCAUCAAGUCCAGAAAUGAGCCGGUCUUGUGCGACUUCUUCGAGACAGCCGGCAUAGGUGCGCGAACCGUACAGGACUCGAUCCUUCAGAAUGGUCAUCAUCCUGAUGAAUCUCAAGAGCCUCCGUGGUUCGAGAUGAACGAAGUGGUGGACCCGCAAAUGUUCUCCACACUCGACGACCAAUCGCUGCAGGUUACCCACGUCAAAGUGGAAGCACCGGAAGCCAACAGUCCCGAAUACCAGUCGGUGGCCAGCCCAGGGCUGUACACACCGUCUUAUCUGCAUGUUCACUAUCACCACCACGACCACCAUCACCAACAGCAUCACCACCACCACGGUUACUUCCCACGUGUGGCACCUAUGACGCCUCCCAUCUCCGAACCAGGUUCUCCCGGUAAACGGCGGACGCCACCGCCACCGUAUCCCACACCCCGUUGUAACGCCAUCCAAAGAUCGAUGAAGUUCAACAGACGAAACAACCCGGAUUUGGAAAGGAGACGGACUCAUCAUUGUAAUUUUGGCGGUUGCAACAAAGGAUACACUAAAAGCUCUCACCUAAAAGCCCACCAAAGAAUACACACAGGUGAAAAACCGUACCGGUGCACGUGGUCGGCGUGCGAGUGGAGUUUCGCGCGGUCGGACGAGCUGACCAGACACUACCGGAAGCACACGGGCGACAAACCGUUCCGGUGCGAGGUGUGCGAACGGUGUUUCGCCCGGUCCGAUCAUCUGGCGCUGCACAAGAAACGCCAUCAGCCCAAGAACGCGGCGGCAGUGGUAGCGCAGCAUCAACAGCUGAUGGACCAUCCGUCGUCCAAAGUCGAUCAACAGCAGAAACAACAGCACCAGCAGCACCAACAGCACCAGCAGCAGCAGUUGAUGAUGUUAAAUGGCGGCGGAAUGGUGCCCGUGCCAAAGUCCGGCGGCGAGUACAUGGUCGACGGCCAGCAGCAGUCUCCGGUCUGCCGGCAAAUGGUUCCGGCCUUGUGAUUGUCAUCGGUCAACGCGCGCGCGCUCGCAACACGUAAUAAUAAUAGUAAUAACAAUAAUAAUAAUGUGUGAUAUUAUGUCAUUAUUUAAUAAUAUUAUUAAUUAUUGUAUUACCAGCUAUAUAUUAUAAUAUAAUGUUAUAUUGCAUUAUUCUUGACCUCAGGAGGUGGUCGGGGUGGGGGGGAGUAGUGUCGAUGMGCGGGAGCGAUCGGGAGGAAACGGGCGACACCGAGAAAUGGUGAGGAGUUUGUGGGGAAUUUUUGUGAGUUUUUAAAUAAAUUUUCGUGGUAUUUCUGCACACGGAAACAAGCGYCUGCUGUUGAAGUUGACCUGUAGGAAUUCGGUCGUCGGCCGUCGCCGCCGCACAAUGACACCUUAACGAACGACUAUUGUGCGCUAGAGAAAAUAAUAAUAGUAAUAAUAAUAAUAAUAAUAAUAUAUCAUACAACUAUCGCGCAUGCAUAUUAUUAUGUGUACAUGCGUGUGCGCCAUUCGAAAAUGGAUGAAAAAACAAAAAGAACGGAUAAGUGACGGACAAACGACCGCGACCUCGCCGCCAUUUCGGGUCAAACCGCGUAAGUACGUCGACGUGUGUAAUAUCAUCGGUUCUCCUGUAAAGCAAACAUUGGACAGCGGCAACAAAUAAUAUUAAUAAUAAUAAUAAUAAUAAUAUGGUACCUGCAGUAUAAUAAUAAUAAUAUAAUACAGCAGUUUGUAGUAGCCCACACGCGCGCGAACUCCGCGCACACUAUUAAUAAAUAAUACGCAUUAUUAUACAAUAAUGAAAUCUAUCGUUUCUCGCCUUUUUUUACCUCUCGUCCGUUAUUAUUAUUAUUAUUUAUUUAUUUAUUAUUAUUAUUUUCAUUUUUUUUAAUCGUCUGCGGUCGUGUGAUUAAUGAUCCGGUCAUGUCCCCCGGCUGCGUCGCGCGCACAAUACUAGGCUGAUUAACGGAAUGAUUGACCCGAUUCCCCGCUGCAGAUCCCCCGAGGGGUCCCGCGCCUCCCCUCACGCCGACACUCGCCCUUCAUUGUACUAUUUUUUUUUCGCGAUUCUUAGCCUAAAUUUCUCGACGACACCUAUAUCAUACUUGUAUAUAUUAUAUAUUAGGUGUCCUCCGCCCAUAUCGACAAAACUGACAACACUCACUAAUAUAUUAUUAUAAUAAUAUAAUCGGUGUGUAUUUAUAUUAUAUAUAUUUAUAUACAACAUUACAGUACCUACCUAAACGACUCGUAUGUGUGUAUGAGUACAGUGUUCACAGUCGGUAAUAAUUCUCGGACAAGAAACAUWAAUGUUCCGUCGUUUUUAUUUUAACUUAAAACUGACGCGAAGUCAUGAAAAUAAUAUUCACUGUCCUCGAAUUKCAUCGCGACCAAUAUGUUCCAAUUUUUUUCCAUUUUACCGGAAUGUCGAUAACCACUAUCGUACGCUAGUGCGCCAGUGACCGCCGCCGGUUAAUCAAAAUAUAUAUUAUAUAGRWWACUAGUAACGUUAAUUUUAGAUUUAAAUUUUAAAUUUUAUACUAUUAUAAAAUAUACAUUUGCUAUAAUUAGAAUUACGAAUUUAAUGAUACGUGUACAUAAUAUAGUCGAUAGUGAAACACAUUUCCUCGUAUAUAUAUGAACAACAAUUAUUAUUACUAUUGUAUAARAAUACUUAGUGGGAUAAAAAAUGUAUAAUAUUUUUGUUAUUUUGUUAAAGUUUUUGUAAACACGUCCUAAUUAAUUAGAGAUGCAUAUAUAAAAAAUGUUUACGUUUAAUAUUAUUUAUUUCAAAAUCUCUUUCUUUUAAAUAUAUAUAUUAUCUAAUACAUCUUAUUGUCAUUUUAGUUUAACGGUAUAUAAAUAUAUGUUUAACUAAAUAAUCCAUUUAUACYAUUCAUCUCAGAAAUCACUUAAAUAUAGUUAUGAUGCACAUGACUUUAAUCAUUUUAUUCUUCUCAUUGCGUAAGAGGAUAAACCAAAGAUUGCUUACAGACGUUGUUGUAUUUUUGGUUUCGCCACUGAUAAACUGUACCUUUAUGUAAACCCGUUUGAUCACCUCAUUAUUGUUUUAUACAGAAAAUAUAUAAUAGUAUAAUUAUUAUAAUCCUAACCAUUUUAUCAUGUUAUAAGCUUUCGAGCAUAAAAUCAAAAUAUUUUUUGUUUAAAGCGUGUAAAUCGCUUGAUCUCAUUAAAACCAAAACGAGUGAUAUAAAAAACGGAUUUAAGCAAAUUUUUGUACGUAUCAAUAUCAUAAUAAUUAACUACCUWUAUAAUAUAUUAUUUUUUGUCGCGUUUUUAAUGUUGAUUUUUCACCACACCCACAAUUUGCUUUUAAUAAUUUAAUUUAUGUUAUACAUAUUAGUAGGUAUACUUUAAUAAUAUUUAACAUUUUGCCAGUGACAUAGCGGAUUACAAACAUUAACGGCAUUACGUUUAGAAAUUGUACAAAAUAUGAAUUUAAGUUGUCUAAAUUAUUUUGUUAGAAUUAAUUUUUUAUGAUCAUUAUUUGUUUUUUUUUAAAUUUGUUAAGAUACUGUCCGAGGGUCUUAUCCACCUUCGAUAUACCUAUUUAUCAAAUAUUAUUAAAAUCUAUUUUGUUCUUA